AUCGAAGAACCGGAAAAGGUGUUCCAGCAAAGCGUACUUGGCCCCGCCCACCAGUCUGACGUCCUGCGCCUCAUGACGCUCCUGAAAUACGGCGGCGCUUACCAGGUCUCUGCACUGCUUGACCCUAAAUACACAUAUAGCGCUACCAGAAUGGUGGAUGAUACCUUUCUUCAAAUGGUGACCCCCAUGACGCGGAAGAUUGGUUAUUUGAAUCAUUAAUAGUUCAUUUACUUCAUUUACUGGUCCAAACGGAGACCGAAAUAAAACAACAACAACAACAGCAACAAACAAUAAAAAAAACAAAAAACCAAUGAAGUUAUUGAUACAAAAUCUCACAAUGCCACAAACUAUUUGAGCUAGUAUUCGAAAAUGGAAAAGGCAGGCGCAGACAUCAAGCGUAUGUGGUGAAUCUGACCCCCCCACCCCCCUUGACCUCCGCAAGGCACCUAGUGAGUGCGGGGUAAGAUACGACAUGUGCUAUGGGGGACCUUUUCAGGGAAGUGGUUGGGUUCAAAAGGGAAAAAAAAGGGGGGGGGAUGAAGUGAGCGGGGAGGGGGGUAAUCAAAAUUUAUUGAUUAGCAGCUGUUUUUAAAAUGUUUAAAGUAAACAUUUUCAUGAUUAAAUUUUUUUUUUCUUUAAAUUAAAUUGUUGCCCUUCUUUCAUCCCCACAUUCCCGGCUUUAAAGUGAUAAGGUAGUUGAUACACUAUAAGUCAGUACACUGAGCUAACAUCGGGGACACAGUUUGCCUGUGUCAACAACAUUAACCGCUUUCGUCAAAAGAAUGUUUGCCACAUUAAAUGCAUUCAGUUUUAGAAUAUGCAGAAAAUUAUAAGCAUUCGUAUCAUAAAUGUGCACCAGGAUAACGGCAGUCGUUUCAGAAAAGUGCACCAAGAUAACGGCAGCCGUUUCAGAAGAGUGCACCAAGAUAACGGCAGCCGUUUCAGAAAAGCGCACCAAGUUAUCGGCAGUCGUUUCAGAAGAGCGCACCAAAUUCGUCUUAAGAAAAAGAAAAUGUACACGAUACUUUUCAGGGAUGUACACCACAUUUACUUGGUCCGCCGUAUAUGUAACACAUGCUACUAGCAAAUGUGCCGACCUCCCCACCCCACCCCACCCCUCUACUCACAGGUCCAAGUUUCCCAUUAACUAUAUAAUCAACAAUGAACCAUUUAAGUUGUUAUAAAAAAAAUAUUAAAUCCUUACUAUAAUCUUACUAUAAUCAUACUAUAAUUAUACUACAAUCAUGUUCAACAGAAGAAGCGCCUGGUGUGAAUUGGGAACAAACUCGGCGCCGGUUACGUGGAAUGUUACGACAGGGAGUUAGCCACACAUGGAAUGUGUGUGUGUGUGUGGGGGGGGGGUGGUUUCGUGGUGGUUUACUGGUGUGUGCGUGUUGGUUUCUAAUUUAAACAGUGACGUCAUCACCGGAGGGUUGGCAUACGUCUGCCGACUGCGACGACAAUGCUCUUAAAACCCAAAUCUCUAACACUCUUGUUACAGCGUAACAUUUUCCAACAGUAAAAAAAUAAUAAUAUUGUUUGACUGCGAUUAAUAAAACAUUUUUUUUUAAAUUUGAAGAGAGAAAAAUGGUCUGAUUUUCGCAGACGUGUUUUAAAGCAAACAAAAAAGUAGAAAAUAAUUAUCUUAAAAAUGUAUUAACAGUUUUCUCGCAGAUAAAAUCUUUAUAGAAAGGCAGUAAGGCGCUCUAUAUAGUUGCAAACGAUUCUAAAAAAGGAAUUUAGAAUAAACAAACGUCUGUUUAAUUCAAUUUCAAUUUUUUUUGGUAUAAACCCAACAUUUAAAAUGAAAUAAUUGUACGUAUAAACACAGAUGUACCAUCACUGUAGAGUUACGUGCUUUAAGAAUAGAUGAAAAGUAUCUCUCCAUCGUGCAGUUAGUGUUUAGGUGAUUGGAUGAGAGUGACGACAUGUGGUGCCGAUAAGAGUGAACACGCCACCCAAAAUGGCCAUGUUGGCUUGUCGGCCAAAGCAACCGGAAACCUCGGCGUCCAACUUGCAUUUGGUCCACUCUACUUAACCUUUGACCUUCCAUGCCAAUUUUGUACCCCCACCACGACCACGAAAGUCGGUACACCGACAGCUAUGUUUGAAUUUUUAAAAGAAAAUUCGUUCAAAAUAUUUGACAUGUUACGCCUCUACCUUUCAUAACUUAAAAAUUAUUAUAAUUUUUUUUUUUUUUAAUCUUCCACAACAGGACCGUGACGUCAUUUGGGUGAGCAGGAUCCCCGAGAGUCUAAGGCGAUAUCCAGCAGUGACUUGCCCUGAUUGGCCCCUAAACGGGGAGUGGCCAGAAGCCUUUAACAUGGGCGUGAUGAUGGCCAAAAAAAAUUCCGAUUUUUUGAAAAAUUUCUUGAAAACAUUCAAGUAAAUUGUUUACUAAUUAUUAAAAAUUAUUAACUUAUUUGUUUCGUUUUUUUACAGUUAACGAAGCGUUCCAUUUUGGGUUAUUUCAUUAAAAAAAUAAUAAAGGCAGUUUUAAAAUAAAAAGCUAAUAUCAUUUAUGAUCAAUGGAUAAUUAGAAUAAAUCAGAAACACAGGGGGGUCGCCCUUCCCCCCACCCCCACCAGACCUUUAGCCCCCUCACUUUAAUGAUCCCCUACCCCUUACCCCCAUCCCUCACAAAUCCUCCCCCCUCCCCCCCCGAAGAUGACUGCCGGUCCGAAUCGCUUUCCAAAUGUUUUCAACCCUUAUAGGUUGUGGAUUUCUUCCUCUACAGACAAACAAACGAACAAAAAAUUAAUUUAAUAAGGAAAAUAUUUGAGCUUAAUGUUAAAAAAAAAUUGCUGAAAUAACAAAAUACUUACUAAGAAAUAUAAGUUGGUUUAAAUAUAUAUAUAUAUAUUGAUAAAAAAAUACAUUAUCUAUGCCACAGCUACUGUAGAUCUAAUUUAUACUCCCCUUCUUCCAACUUAUACAAAUCUAAUCAAAACACCCACUAGCCCCAGCUACGACAGAUUAACUCCACAUCAUUAUGUAAAUCUAAUUUACGUAUCCUACAACUCCCAGGUACUAUAGAGAUGACAAGUGGGCCUUCAAUGCGGUCUUUAUGCCCUACAAGGCAUACGAGCUUCACCCGGACCAACUGUUUGUUGAUAGACAUUUGCAGGUAGGUGGGGAGAUUCGGCAACUGUCUUCUCCCAGUGCCACAUUAGACUUUUUAAAUGUGCUUCACAAAAUAUCGAAAUGCAUAACUCCCUAUGUAACGAUGUCACUAAUGCUACCAGAUGGCGCUGAUUUCACAAUAUAGAAUUCACGAUAACUGCGCUGAGUUUCUUAACAAUACCACAAAUGCGUUUUGUGCGUAAUAUUUGUUAUGUGUUUUACUAAAAUAAUUGGAAGUAAUAAAUCUGCCGUGUAAAAGAGAGCGGGACAUCGAAAUAGUAAUAAGGUUCAGGGGCGCGCAAAAAUGUGCAGUUAUGGACCUUGGGGUGGGGUGGGCGGGGGGAGCAUCAAUUAAGAUUCUUCUAAAGUGCGUUACUUCAAUGCAUGUUUUCUCAAGUGACGUUAGUAGAUGGGAAGUUCACACAUUUCUGACACUAUUGUUUGUUGGGCACUAGCUAGUACUCAUUAAAAAAUAUAACCAAGCUAAAGGAAAAAAAUAACUUGACUUUAAGUCUCUACAGUUGGAUUCUGUAAAGCUGGAGUCUGUCUAUAUAGGUGAUAUCUUUUUUUUAAAAAAAGCUGAAGUCUAUCUAAAUUUAAAUCUUUAAAUAGCUUUAAGCAUGUACAGCUGGAGUCUUUCUAUAUAGCUGAAAUGUUUAAAUUACUGGAGUCUGUAUAGUGGUAGUCUGUCUAGUGGUAGUCUGUCUAGUGGUAGUCUGUCUAGAGCUGGUAUUUGUAAAUAGUUGCCUGUUUUGUAUAGCUGGACUGGAAUCAUUAUUGGGGUCGGUAGGGAUGUGCAGCAAAUGUUUUAGUCAGCUUUCAGAGGUGAGAAGAGAAGGCAACGAAUUAUCUCAUAGGCCCGCUAGAGAUAUAUUUGUAUUUACCAACCAGGAACUGUUCUCUCUAGAGCGCCACUCAAAUGUCCCAAACAUAAUUAUAUCGUUAUAUCCACACACCCUCACAAUAUAGCCACACGCACAGAUCCUCCCAAAAUAAUUCACUGACUUGGACAUUUCAUGAAUCCCUAAACCGAAAUGGCCUAUAUACAAUUAAUACAAGGAAUUCACCGAUACGUGUAUAAUUAUAAUAUUUUUUUUUAUAUAUUCACAGGUCAUCUGUUUCAAAGGUAUCUGCCACCCUGCCUGGCACAAGGACUACAUAAGGGACAUCUCAGAUCCGCGGCCAGUGGAACCCUUCGACUGGCGAGACGCCCGCGCCUUCCACUUCACCGUCCCCAAGCCACCGCACAGUCUCUCAUCACCCCAGGCCAUCAGAGAUGGCACUGAUAUGUUUUCAGAGAUUGGUCGGAUGAUCUUGCAAAAGAGCGACCAGGCUGCAUUGUUGAGCUAAAAGUGUAUAAAACUCUUUUUAUAAAAAAAAUAAUUUAAAUAGACCUUUGGAGGUAGCAUGAGUACAUCGUUUGGUUUACAGUAUAAACUUUGUCUUAAAAUUACUAAUUUUUUUUUAAACUUUUGAAAAAUGUUCCACUUCUUUGUAUGGUCUGCCAUGUGUAAAUAUUUUUAAAAAAAUGCAUUCACUUGUCAGUGUUCUUUUCGUCUACAAAGAAAAUGGUCUUCAUUGUGACCCAUUGAGAAGAAUAUAGUUUCUCUAUAACUGUGUUUUUUUUUCUUUGCUUUUUUUAAAAAAAGAUGUGGUCAUUUCCAUUCGAUGCCAACUCAAUCUUGUGGCGUCACAAACUUUACCACCCAAGCUAAAUCCUUUGUUCAGCUCGGUUCCUCAUUCAGCCACUUCCGUCUUCAGGGCGCCAUUAUCUUAAGGAUGAAGUCAGUUGUUCAGGUGUUCGGGAUUGUGCUCUAUGCUGCGGCUUAUCUAUUGUUCUAUGCUGCGGCUUAUCUAUUGCUCUAUGCUGCGGCUUAUCUAUUGUUCUAUGCUGCGGCUUAUCUAUUGUUCUAUGCUGCGGCU